UCCAAAUCCAAAAGCAAAAAUAUCUCGUUUUUCUCUUGAAAGACGGUCUUCAGAGUGAUUCCCUAACCCUAGCUCAAUCUUCUUGAAGCCCUCUUUUCUCUGCGCUCUCGCUUAUUUUGGGGGAGAAUUUUUUAUUUGAUUUGCUUUCCUCAGUUGAUAUAGGAAGAUGUACGGUCAAGAAGGAGAUGGGGGUUAUGGCGGUGGUGGAUACGGUGGUUCCGAAGGCGGAGGAAGCUACGGAGGUUAUGGCGGUGGCGGAGGUGGAGGAUACGGUAAUCGAGGAAGCGGUGGUGGAGGCUACGGUGGAAGAGGCGGCGGUGGUGGUGGUGGAUACGGAGGUGAUAGAGGUGGUGGGUACCAGGGAGAUCGCGGCGGUGGAUACCAGGGUGAUCGAAGCGGUGGAUACCAAGGGGACCGUGGUGGACGUGGUGGCGGCGGUGGUAGGGGAGGUGGUCGGGGUGGUGGAAGCGGCAGGGAAGGUGAUUGGCGUUGUCCCAAUCAAAGCUGCGGGAAUGUGAACUUUGCCCGAAGAACUGAGUGUAACAAAUGUGGUACACAGUCUCCUGCUGGUGGUGAUGACCGUGGGGGUAGAGGUGGUGGUGGUGGUCAAAGUAGAGGUGGAAGAGGCGGAGGUUAUGAAAACAGCAGAGGUGGAAGAGGUAACUAUUAUGAUGGUGGCAGUGGUCGCAGUGGAAAUGGUUACGAGGGUGGUAGUCAAGGAAGGGAUGAUGGUGGUUAUGGACAGAGCCCUCCCAUUGCCCCCCCUUCUUAUGGUGGUGCUGGUGGUUAUGCACCCCCGAAUGCAUAUGGUGGAAACCAUAGUUAUGCUCCUGAUUCAGUCCCUCCACCUACAAGUUAUACUGGGGGAAAUAAUUCGCACCCUCCAUCAUAUGGUGCCCCGGCUGGGUAUGGUGGCGAUAGUCAAGGUGGAAACCGCGGAGGUGGAAGAGGGGGUUCAUCUGGUGGAUAUGGUGGAGGUCCUCGAAACCCAGGUGGUUAUGGCAGUGCUCCAGCAGAGGUUCCUGAUAAGGUCAAGCAAUGUGACGAAAAUUGUGGGGAUUCUUGUGAUAAUGCGAGAAUUUACAUAUCAAAUUUGCCUCCAGAUGUCACCACUGAUGAGCUCAGAGAACUGUUUGGAAGUAUCGGCCAAGUAGCAAGGAUCAAACAAAAACGAGGCUACAAAGACCAGUGGCCCUGGAGCAUCAAAUUAUACACAGACGAACAAGGAAAGAAUAAAGGCGAUGGUGUUUUAUCUUAUGAAGAUCCAUCUGCAGCACAUUCAGCUGGAGGUUUCUUCAACUCGCAUGACAUGAGAGGCCACAAAAUUAGCGUCACAAUGGCUGAGAAAUCUGCUCCAAAAGCUCCCUCCUAUGGUGGCGGUGGCGGUGGUAGAGGCAACUAUGGAGGUGAUAGACGGAGAGACAACUAUCGAGAUGGUGGUUCAUCUGGUCCAGAUAGAAAUUAUCAUGGCGGAAAUCGUUCGCGUCCAUACUAGACACACCAGAAGGGAUAUUAAUGUACUAGUCUUAAUGGUGGGAGUGGUUUUUAUUUUUAUUCCGUAAGCGGAUUUGUUCUCUAACUGGAGAUGAGAGGUAGGUUGUUCGUUGCUCUGAACAAUAUACCUUAUCUCCUUUCCAUCUCUUGUUAGCACCUUGGUCCGGAGUUAAGGAUUGAUAUGAACUGUGUGAAUGUUUUUAUAGAGGGAAGUGGAUUCUCCAAAAUGCUGCUACUAAAGGUAGGUUGAACUUGUCAGGUGAGUCAUGAGUGUUUCUUACUAAGUUGAACUUUAAUUUUGUGGUGCAGCUUUCUCGUAUCUGCAUCAUUUCUAUACACAAGUAUGUUCUGAAA